ACCACAAUUGUGAUCAUCUUUCUUCUACUCCACCAGCUACCAUGCUGACACCGUUCCAACUCUCCAACCAUGGACUGGCUACCCUCAUCUUAAUUGUUGUCACUUUGGCUUCCUCGUUCUGUUACUUCUUUGGUUUUCACCGUCGGAGGGACGUCGCCGGAAAGAACGUUCCCCCGGGAUCGUUUGGCUUCCCGGUGAUAGGCGAGUCAUGGAGCUUUGUCAAGGCUCUGAGGGAGAACAAGGGCAGUGAGUGGAUACAGAGGAGGGUGGCGAAGCACGGCCGUGUCUUCAAGACCUCCCUCAUGGGCUCCCCUACCGUGGUUAUCACUGGCCAAGCCGGCAACAAGUUUGUGUUCGGUUGCGGCAGUGAGUUCCUCAGCAUGAAACAGCCGCCUUCAAUCGCAAGAGUCACUGGGAAGCAGAAUUUCGUUGAGCUCACAGGGAUGAGGUAUAAAAGGAUGAAGGGUGCAUUAAUGAGCUUCCUCAGACCAGAAAAUCUUCAAGACUACAUUGGGCAUAUGGAUGCUUUAGUUAAACACCUGCUGCUUGGUGCAACAAAAGGGAAAAACACCAUUUUAGCAGUACCGUUUAUGAGAAAGCUCACGUUUAAGGUAACAUGCAGCCUCCUAUUUGGAUUGCACCAUGAGUCCACAAAUGAAGCUUUGUUUGAGGACUUCUCCAAAGCCUUCAAAGGUUUGUGGGCUUUUCCUCUCAAUCUCCCGGGGACAACCUAUCACCAAGCUUUGCAGGGAAGAUCUCGAAUUGUCGAGUGCAUGUUGCCCGUCCUGCAGAGAAGAAAGGAGCAAAUUACAGAGGGAAUUGUGAGUCCCAAAGAUGACAUAAUUUCUUCCUUGCUCACAUCAAGGGAUGAGAACAACGAGCCAUUUGGUGAUGAGGCCGUAAUAGAUACCUUCAUAGCAUUAUUAAUCGCAAGUCAUGAUACAACAGCAAUCCUUUUGAGUUUGAUGGUCUGGAAGUUGGCUAGAGACCCUAAGAUCUAUGACAAGGUUUUGGAAGAGCAAAUGGGCAUCAUAAGGGAGAGAGAGGAUGAAACACAAGGGAAGCUCUCAUGGAGUGAAGUCCAAAAGAUGAGAUACACAUGGAGAGUUGCACAGGAGCUAAUGAGGAUGAUUCCCCCUGUGUUUGGCAACUUCAGAAAAACCCUCAAAGACAUCAGCUUUGAAGGCUAUGAUAUCCCCCAGGGAUGGCAGGUAUUCUGGGAAGCUAGUGGAACCCACAUGAACAAGGAUAUCUUCGAAGAUCCUACGAAUUUUGAUCCGUCUCGUUUUGAUAAUCCAUCAAAACCAAUUCCACCAUUUGCUUACAUUCCCUUUGGAGCAGGACAUCGCAAGUGUAUAGGCAACGAGUUUGCUAGAAUUGAAGCUCUAGGUAUAAUGCACCACUUAGUCACAAACUUUGAGUGGUCUCAGCUAAUCCCUGAGGAGUCAAUCACAUGCCAACCGAUGCCAUAUCCAUCCAAGGGUCUUCCCAUCAAGCUCAAGCCAAGAACUUUCAGAACUGUUUGAUUCGCUGAAAACUUGAGUUCAUCUUACUCAAGAUUGGAUGCUACCUUUUUAUUUAAAGAUGAUCUUUAUAGAAGGUGUUCCAUGGGCAUGCAAUUCCAGUAUUACAUGCACUAAUAUGUACGGUUUGCGAUAUAAAUCAGUAUUCUGUGAUUAAGGAUUGUCA